AUGGCUAACGAGGGAACAUUCCCAAUUGCUGAUCCAGGAACCGAUGAUCUAUUUUUCAUGUUAAAACAGUUAUUGUUCUUUUCCAUUUGUAUUUCAGAUAGAAUGAAUAAACAACGUUGGGUUGAAAAUCCACAAAUGGAUACAAACGUAUCAACAUCAUCAAUAAUUACAUCAAGUUCAUCUUAUAAUAAUAAUACUGCUGGUGUUACUGCCAGUGGUGACGAGCGAUUGACAACAGUGAAUAAAACAAGCAUAAAUAAUAAUAUGUUGCAACAACAAAUAUCUCAUGAUAGUAAUCAAACAUUAGACCCACACUAUCAAGUUGAAAAUUCAACCGGUUUUGAUUUGGAUACGAUAAUAACGUCGUAUGAUGGUCUAAUGCGUAUUAAUCGUUUAGUCUAUAUAGCUGAUCAUUGUCCAUCAUUAAAAUUUGAUGCUUCAUGUGCCGCAUUAAAAUAUAUUCAAGAUACACAUUUUAUGACAAUGUACAGAACAGUUCAUAAUAGUUUAAAUGAAAUGGUACAAGCAUCAAAACGUCAACCAACACAGCAGCCACCUUUAACAAUGCCAGAAUUAGAUGCACAAUGGUUAGAGCGUACACAACGCAAUUAUUUACAUAAAUUAGAAAAAUUAGAUACCGAUUUGAGAAAUUUUCGAACAAAUUCCAUAAAAGAUUCGAUCCGACGUGGACAUGAUGAUUUAGGUGAUCAUUAUUUAGAUAGCGGUGAUUAUUUUAAUGCUGUUCGAUGUUAUGUACGUUCUCGAGAUUAUUGUAUAACACCUCGUCAUAUGGUAACAAUGUGUAUUAAUGUUAUCAAAGCAAGUUUCUAUCUACAAAAUUGGCCAAAUGUAAUAACAUAUGUUAGCAAGGCUGAACAAGCUAUGGAAAAUUUAGAACAUUCAAGUGGUGCUACAAAACAAUCUUCCAUGACGGCAACAACAGCAACCGCAAUGGAUACAUCUCCAGCAUCUACAUCAUCAUCGACACAAGAUCAAAUAUUAGCAUCGAAAUUAAAGGUCUAUGCUGGUAUAGCUGAAUUAUCAACAAAACGUUAUAAGUUAGCUGCAAGACAUUUUAUUAAUGUUAAUUUUGAACACUGUCAAAAUAAUUUUCACGAUUUAAUAUCACCACAAACAUUAAUACAAUAUGUUUGUUUAUGUUCGUUAGCCACAUUUGAACGACAUGAAAUACAGCGUUUAAUUUUGAAUAGUAACAUUAAACAAUAUCUAGAAUUAGAACCAAAUAUUCGUGAUAUAAUUCAAAAAUUUUAUGAUACAAAUUAUAGUGAUUGUUUAAAAUUAAUGGCACAAUUACAAAAUUUAUUUUAUUUAGAUAUUUAUUUGGCUCAACAUGUUAAGCCAUUAUAUUAUGAUAUUCGACAUCGUAUUAUUGUUACUUAUUUUUUACCAUAUAAAAAUGCUAGUAUGUUGAUAAUGGCUAAACAACUGAAUACAACAAUUGAUUUUCUAGAAGAUGAAUUGGUGAAUCUAAUCAGAAAUGGUAAAAUAAAAGCAAGAAUUGAUUCAAAAAAUAAAAUAUUAUAUGUUGCUGAUACAGAUCAACGUUGGUAUGCUUAUCAACACGCACUAAAUAUAGCAAAACAAUGUGAAAAAACGACAAAAUCAUUAUUAUUACGUUCAGCUAUAUUAAAAGCAAAUUUAGUUGUUAGAGACGAAACGUCGAUAAGUACUCAUCAUCAUCAACAACAAUUACAUCAUCAUCAAAUGUCAACAAAUAUUAACAAUAAUAAUAAUGAUCAUUCAACCAAUCAUGAUUUUCCUAUUCAGCAGUCAUUAAGAAAAAGUGCUCGAAAUUAUGAAGAUGACAUGUCCGAUGAUGCUGCAAUGUAA